GAAAAGGAACACAAUUAAUUCUCUUUUAUCUUGUAUUAAAAUUUAAGAGAAAAACCGAGAGAAACUGAGGAAUUUAUAGAAAUGCGGAAACAAGAAGAAGAGAUCGAGGAGUACUCUCUUGUGUGCCCAAGCUUCAGCACUUACUCUUCUCACAAACUCGCACACAUCGCUGAUCAAAUUACACGAGAGCACUACUCUCCUCCUCAAAACGACACCGAUCUUUCCCCAAACUACAACCACCAAGACCAUCUCCAAAAUGACGACACCGAUUUCGAGUUCAUAGCGUUUCGAAAGGCCGCUGAAGGCGUUUUCUUUGAUCGCUUCAACGGUCCUGUUUUCCCAGUCUUCAACCAAGAUCUCGCUGGAAUUCCGCCGGAAUGCGGCGGAGGAGCUAACGGCGAUGAAGACGGCGAAGGUGAUAGGAAUUCUGGCGCGGAGGAUAUUCGAUUUUCGAUGGAGGAGUUGUUGAUAGGCGAAGAGGCGGAGAAUCGUCGGAGCAGCCGCGAUCCUCCGUCGUCGUCGUCUUCGUCGGAGGUGGACGACGAUCUGGACGGAAUUCCACCGGGAACGUACUGCGUGUGGACUCCGAAUCCGGUACAGGCAUCACCGAGCAGAUGCAAGAAGAGCAAUUCGACAGGAUCGUCUCCGUCGCCGGCGAAGAGGUGGAAGAUUCUAGAUUUUUUCCGGCGGAGCAAAAGCGACGGAAAGAACACCUUGGUUUUCUUGACGCCGUCGGCAUCGCCGUCAUUCUUUUUGUCAGGGUUUGGUUCGUCCAAGAAGGAGCAAAAGGAGAAGAAAGAAAAGAAGAAGAAAGUAAAGAAGAAAGGAGCCAAUGUGAAAUCGAAAGAGGAGUGCAGCGGUGGAAGCGGCGGCGGCGGAUUCACCGGAAAAAGGUCGCCGGCGGCAGUGUCGGCACACGAGGCGUUGUAUGUGAGGAAUAGAGAGAUGAGGAGAGUGGAUAAGAGGAGGUCAUAUUUACCGUACAGGCAAGACUUGGUUGGGUUCUGUGCUACUCUCAACGGCAUGGGAAGAACCUUCCCUCCAUUUUGAGUGUUCUUCCAUUUUUUUUUUCCUUUUUUUUAUAAUGGGAUUAAUAUUAUUAAACAUUAUAAUCCCAAUUAUUUGAAAAAGUUUGG